GACGUCAGCUCCAAUUAUCUGGGGACUCCUCCCUCCUACUAUUUCAGUCCUAACACAGGGAUUCGAAUUCCAGAGGACAGAGAGCAGAAUCCCUGGGAGGAACACUAAGCAUAGAUCUCCAGGAGCUGGGCUGCAGGACAAGCUGAGUUGACAACAGGUGUGGUCAUCUGAAAGGUAAAAUUGCCAAAAUCCACAGUCCAAGCCUCAAGACGUUUUGAGAAUGGAGCGUUCAACUCAGGAGCUGUUCCUCAACUUCAUGAUUGUCCUGAUCACAGUGCUCCUCAUGUGGAUUCUUGUGAAAUCUUAUCAGGGCUAAUGGACAUCACAAAGGUCAUGUAAGGAGUCAAGUAAAAUUGUCUACAUGGAAAUAUGUGAGACUUUCUUUCCACGUCUACAACUUCAAGGUGUGCUGUGCCCCAUCACCAUGCUCCUAGAUCCACCACCUCCACCAGCAGGAAAUUAGGUCAAUGUCAAACCUACAUAUGCACCCAUCCUUGGCCUUGUAACCAGAGUGGUGUGCACCCUGAUCUUCCCGACCUGAGCAUUCACUUCUCUAUGAUUGAUUACUUGGCUGUGAUGUGCACACAUAUUCACAUGAGAUUUAAACACAGGAGAAAUGUUUAGUCUGCUGGAGGAAGCAAGGAGAAAAAUGUAAAAGUUCUGCCUUUAAUAAUAAAAAAAACUGGCAAUGUUUGGAUUAAAGAGAAGCUGAACAUUUGAAUUUCAUGUGUUUUCCAUUACAAUAAAUUCUUCCCACCAAACGUUAUUACAUAA